CUCCUUUGUGUCUCUUUGUCUCUCCAGAUUACUGAACCUCUCUCUGACCUCUGACCUCGUCCCGGAGCAGGAUGUGAUCGACGUCAUCAUCCACGUUGGUAGAAACCCGCAGGGUCGAAACCUCGCCUGGAAGUAUUUCAGAGAAAAGUGGGACAUCCUGAACGCACGUUACGGUGAAGCGUUGUUCAUGAACUCGAAGCUCAUCGGUGGAGUCACAGAGUUCCUGAACACCGAGAAAGAACUCAAUGAGAGGUGUUUUUUUUCUGGUGUUCUAAUAACUUUUCUGUCAUCUCCUUUUCCUUCCCUCCUCUUGAAGGAGUUCAUCCAGGCCAAUGACCUGGGGGCGGGGCCUGCGAUGCCUCGUUCUCUGGAGAUCGUGGAGGGCAACGUCCGCUGGCACCGCCUCCACAGACGGCAUUUCUUCCAGUGGCUUCGCAAAUCUCCCAACUCUAACCUCGGCUAA